UUUUUUUGGUUAAAUUUUUUUCUCUAAAUUUCAAAACCCAACAAACUCCAACAUUAUUAAUUUUAUCCUUAUUUCUUUCCCAAUUAAAUUUUACUAAUGCCCAAAUGCCUAAAAACCCGAUAAAUUUUCCUAAAAUAAAACUUCUCAACAAUAAGCUUGAAAUACUUAAAGUCUUUACUUAUUUAUUAAUUAAAUUGUUUGAAAGUGUGGAUGGUCAAUAUGUCCAACAAUGUCCGAUGGGGUGGUCUGCUGAUGGAAACUGUGGUGCUAUGGUUAAUUGUCUAAGUAUGAACCACAAGUGUUUUGGAACUCAAUGUUGUAAACCUACAAGUCCUGGAACUGGAGGGCCUGGAACCUGCCCGGUGUGGACUAAAGUGGAUGGAAGUGAGUCUAUUUUUUAAUACAUAUCUGUUAUAGGGGUUUUGAGCUUUUUUCGAGGGGGGAAAGCUGGCAAGGGAAGACUGACAAGGGUAAAGCUGGCAAGGGAAGGGUGACAAUAAAAAAGAAAAUUUUUUAAAAUUUAUUUGUUUG